AUGUCGACACUUGAAGCUCAGGUGAAUUUGCUCGCCUCUCUCAUAGAACGACUAGAUACCGUACGGGACGUCUCUGCUGGAAAUCUUCCUGUUCAUUUACGCGCGGCGAUCGCGAAUGUAUCGGCCCUUGCAGAAGAACUAGGCUCGACUCGUGUUCAGGAUGCUCUCGCGGCUGCUGAAGCGGAACAAAGCGUGAGGGCAAUCGACUUGCAGAAUAGCAGGCGAGAGAUACGUAAACGAAAGAACCAAGUCGAGGUUACUCUGCCCGUCAAACGACUCGAAGGCAAGAAAAGGCCGUACCCCCUCAAAUUAGGGGUUACUCUGCCGCAAGAUUUAACCCAAAAAUCACUUGAAGAAUUUGUCCAGAACUUUAACCAAGCGAAUCUGGGCUCUAACCUCAGCAUUUGGACUCCGACUAGGGCGGCAGUCGGGCAUAGCGGCUUGCUUCGCAUGAUUGUGCCUAACAUUCUCAUUGCUUAUAUCAGUUUACGGUCUGGUGGUAGUAACAGAUCCGUAAAAGUGGAAUCUGCGACUGUAACUGGGAUCUGGGAGCAGAGGACAACUUCCGAGUUUACCGUCUUUCGCUCGUUAUCACAACACUUGUUUCGAACCUUGGCCCAGAAUGUAGACAUGGACGUAUUGGAUCUAUCGGUGCGUACUGAAUUCGUGAACCUUGGAUAUGAACACAAAACCGCUCUUUCUAGUCUUUGA